GCAAGCCGGUGAUAACAAGGGAAAUCCAAAACCUUUAUUAGUGCGACUCUGACCCGAUUUUUGGAUCGAGCGAAAAUAGUGAACUGUACCACGCAGACCAGUCAAUCAAGAAUAGCUGCAACUACUGAAUGUUAUUCUCGUUUUAAUCACGUGUAAAAUAGGUAGCUAGCUAGCCAGCUAACCGCUCAAUUUACUGAACUGGCUGAAUGGUAAAAAUGGAGAAGAUGAUGACUGUAUGUGCUCUCAUGUGCCUUGUUUUGGCAUUGCUGCCUUGUCACACAGCCUCUGUAGCAGUCAUGUCGGUCGACUUGGGUAGUGAAUGGAUGAAAAUAGCAAUAGUUAAACCUGGCGUGCCAAUGGAAAUUGCACUGAACAAGGAAUCGAGAAGAAAAACUCCAGUUGCUGUGUGUUUGAAAGAGAAUGAGCGACUUUUUGGAGAUGGUGCAUUAGGAGUGUCUGUGAAGAACCCCAAGUUUGUUUACAGACAUCUUCAGUCCCUGCUAGGUAAGAAGCAUGACAACCUCCAGGUGGCGCUCUACCAAAAACGUUUUCCAGAGCAUCAACUACUAAAAGAAGAGAACCGGGGUACCGUUUACUUCAAAAACUUGGAAGAGAUGCAGUACACACCAGAGGAGCUGCUGGGGAUGGUUUUGAACUAUUCAUGUAGCUUGGCUCAGGACUUUGCUGAGCAGCCCAUUAAAGAUGCAGUUGUCACCGUUCCAGCCUUUUUCAAUCAGGCAGAGCGUCGGGCCGUCUUGCAGGCCGCCCAGAUGGCAGGGCUGAAGGUCCUUCAGCUCAUUAACGACAACACAGCCGUGGCCCUGAACUACGGAGUGUUCCGGAGGAAAGACAUCAACAGCACAGCACAGAAUGUGAUGUUCUUUGACAUGGGCUCUGGCAGCACAGUGGCCACCAUUGUCACUUACCAGACAGUAAAGACCAAAGAGGCAGGCGUUCAGCCACAGCUGCAGAUCCGAGGUGUAGGGUUUGACCGCUCACUUGGGGGCUUUGAGAUGGAGCUGAGGCUUAGGGACCACCUGGCCAAGCUGUUCAACGAGCAGAAGAAGAGCAAGAAGGACGUACGGGAGAACCACCGCGCCAUGGCCAAGCUCCUUAAGGAGGCUCAGAGGCUGAAGACGGUGCUUAGUGCCAAUGCUGAAUUCAUGGCCCAGGUGGAAGGGCUGAUGGAUGACAUCGACUUCAAGUCUAAGGUCACCCGUGUGGAGUUUGAAGCCCUGUGCACCGACCUGUUUGAAAGAGUGCCUCACACUGUGCAGGAGGCUCUCAGCUCUGCUGAAAUGUCCCUGGAUGAGAUUGAGCAGGUCAUCCUUGUAGGUGGAGCCACCAGAGUGCCCAAAGUUCAGGAGGUCCUCCUCAAAGCUGUGGGCAAAGAAGAACUGGGAAAGAACAUCAAUGCAGACGAGGCAGCAGCCAUGGGGGCUGUGUACCAGGCGGCUGCUCUCAGCAAGGCCUUCAAGGUCAAACCCUUCCUUGUUCGAGAUGCCGCAGUGUUCCCGAUUCAGGUGGAGUUCACUCGCGAGUCGAAAGAGGAGGACGGAAGCAAGAGCCUGAAGCACAACAAGCGUAUCCUGUUCCAGAGGAUGGCGCCCUACCCCCAGCGCAAGGUCAUCACCUUCAACCGCUACACCGAUGAUUUUGCCUUCUACAUCAAUUAUGGAGACCUAAGCUUCCUGGGGCAAGAAGAUCUCAGCGUGUUUGGUGCUCUGAACCUGACCACAGUGAAGCUGUCUGGGGUGGGCAGCAGCUUCCACAAACAUGUUGAUGCAGAGUCCAAGGGCAUCAAGGCCCACUUCAACAUGGAUGAGAGUGGAGUCCUUCUGCUAGACCGGGUUGAGUCCGUUUUUGAGACUAUUAUGGAGGAGAAAGAAGAGGAAUCGACACUGACAAAACUGGGAAAUACCAUCUCUAGCCUUUUUGGAGGGGGGACAUCAGAACCAAACGCAAAUAUGACCGAGCCAGUUCAAGAUGAGGAGGAGGUGCCUCCAGAGCCUGGGAAGGAGCAGGAGGAGCAGGGCAAGACGAAGGAGGAGGCUGGUCAGGAGGAGAACCAGGAGGUCAAACGGGAGGCUGAGGAUCAACCUUCAGAUGCACUGGACACGGAUAAGGAGAAGGCUGAAGAACACGGAGCCAAUGGGAAAUCUGGAGAUCCUCAGCAGGAUGAAAAGGAAGGUGACAAAACAGAAACCAAGGAAGAGGAGAAAACUGCAGAGGAAGAAGCAGCUGAGAAGAAAGUCAAGUCCCAGAAGAAGGCCAAGAUCUCUGAAGAAAUUACUGUAGAACUGCUGGUCAACGAUAUCGUCAACCCUACCCUCGACCAAAUCGACACCUCCAAGAAAAAGUUACAAGACCUUACUGACAGAGACCUGGAGAAACAUGAGAGAGAGAAGAUGCUGAACAGUCUGCAGGCUUUCAUCUUUGAGACACAGGACAAGCUUUACCAGGACGAGUUCCAGGCGGUGGUGUCUGAGGAGGAGAAGGAGGAGAUUUCAGCCAAGCUAAGUCAGGCCUCUGAGUGGAUGGAUGAAGAUGGCUAUUCGGCUGCUACCAAAGAACUGAGGGAGAAACUGUCAGAGUUGAAGAAGCUGUGCAAGGCCAUGUUCUUCAGGGUGGAGGAACGCAGAAAGUGGCCUGACCGGCUGGCUGCCCUGGAGAGCAUGCUCAACACCUCUUCCUACUUCCUCAGGAGUGCAAAACUCAUUCCUGAGGAUGACCAGAUCUUCAGUGAAGUUGAGCUGAAGACUUUGGAGAAAGUCAUCAACGAGACCACAACAUGGAAGAAUGACACUGUGGCGGAGCAAGACAAGCGUUCUCCCACAGAAAGGCCUGUCCUGUUGUCCAAAGACAUUGAGUCCAAAUUGGCCUUGCUGGACCGCGAGGUAAACUAUCUGCUCAACAAGGCCAAGUUUGCUAAGCCCAAGGCCAAGCCUAAACCCAAGAACAGCACCAAUUCAGAAGGCAGCAAAGCUAACGGUACUGCAGAAGAGAAAGUAAUUCCUCAAACGGAGGAAAGCACAAAAGAAAGUGUUGUGCCACCGGUUGAGGAGACAUCCACCGAAGAGACUAUCGGACAGGAUGCAGAGCCAACCAUACAAUCACAGAUUUUGGAUGAAACGAGUACAGAAACACCUGAGAAAAAACGACCCGAAAACCACAUAGAGGAUGAAUUAUAACAGCUGGAACUGAAAGGAAUCAUUUUGUUGUAUUUAUUGACCAUGUUAAGUUGUUACGUUUCUUCUGUGUUUUGAUUUCGUUUUGCCCCUCCAAAAAAUAGUAAUAAUAACUUAGAAGUGGGAAUGUAUCAGACUUUGAGACAUUUUGACCAGUCUUACACCCGUUAUCCCACCACCACCUCCUCCUGUUUCAUGUUUUGUUUUGCUUCCCUUGUCUGUGAUGCUGUGCUGCAGAGCACUUACAAACCCUGGAAAACCAGCAAAUGAAAUCAACCCCAAUAGCUCCUUUUUGUGAGUCACACCAUUGUCUGAAACUAAGGAAUUUCAAAUACUGUUAGUUUUAUUUAUUAUCAUACAUUUUCAUACAGCAACAUAUGUUUGUCCAAUACAGCUGCAUCUUGCAUACUGUGUAAAAAAGGACCAACUCCAAUUAAGUGCAGCAGUGCGUUACAUGUUCUGGUCAAAAAGGGUUGUCUUCAUGUGCUGUUAUCUUCAAAAGUGUCUUUGGUUCACAAAGGGCAAAUGGCUAUUGUGCAGUUUUGUAUAAUUCAAAGCCAAUUUGUAUAUCUUGGAGUGAUAAUGAUGCCACUGCUGGAAGAGAAAUGGUUUGUCAUAAGAAAGAAAUCCUACAGAAUGCCUUGAGGUUUCUUACAGUACAUGUCGGGGUCAAUUUUUUUUAUGAAUGCUACGUUGUUUUUUCUAAAAGAAAAAACGAACAAAUCUCUCAAAUUUGAUAUAAAGUGACAAGGUUUGGCCAUGAAAAUAAAAUUGAUACUGCCAAGUUAUUGCUUACCCAGUUGGAAUGUACCUUCCAAUUGGAAUGAGCUUGGCUAUGACAAACCCACCCUCAACUCCUUGUUGCUUGUAAUUUUUCUGUCUUUUCCUCCUGAUACAGUUUAGAUAUUUUCCCUAUUUCAAUUACCAAUUUUGAGUUUAAGAUUUUCAGUUUGAACCUUUAGGACUGCUGUACUGACAGGAAAAUAACCAGAUGGUUAUCAUGCCUCAUGAGCUGCUUGGCCCAAGAAGUGCAGUUAGUUUUUGUUUUGGUAUUGCUUUUUGCUUUCAACUUUUGGCCUACCUUUGCCCUUGGGACAAAUCAUCAGAGGUUGGAUCCUUGGAUCUUGACCUUAAAUGAAAGGAAAUGGAUGACUGACUUGGAUGAGUAGGCAUGUUCUGGGUUGUUUACACUAACAAUUUGACAAUUUAGACCAAAACAGUAAAUAUUGAAAAUAAGUGCCCAGUAAAUAUUGAACUUGUUUCACCUCAGAUGGCUGGAUUGUGAGCAGAAGACAAUACUUUAUUGGGAGUGGGAGAUGCCAAUGUUUUCUUUCUAAAAUGUUAAUAAUAAAGGUUUUGUUUUUA